AUGGCGGCUUCUUUCCCGCUCCCAGUGACCCAGGACCUGUUCACGUUGCGUGCCACGUUGCAGGAGCUGCUGCAGUUCCUGAGGAAAGCCCUGUCCAUUUCCAAUGCACAUACGGUGGACUUCUACACGGAGUCCGUGUGGGCGGAACUGGUCGACUUGCCCCCGGAGACCGUGCUGAGGGUACUGAGGAAGGCAGUGGCAGAGGCGGAGGCCCGGCCCUCGGAGGCGCGCCUCCUGGUGGAAGCUGAGAGGCGAUCAGGUAUUACCAAUUUUCCCAAAAUAUUUUGUGAGACUUCCCAGAAGCUGGUGAGUGUGGAGGCCUUUGCUCUGGCUGUGAGAUCUUAUUCUGUACCAAAUUUGGGAAUAUGUACUCCUUUUGAACAGUUGCUUACAGCCCUUCGAGGAAAUAAAAAACAGAGAACUGGUGAAAAUGUGAAACCAGAUGAAUUUAUGAAUUUGAAAAAAUCUCAUGAAGUUCAGGCUAUGUCAGAGCUGAUCAGCAGUAUUGCUGAUUACUAUAGAAUAAAGCAGGUAAUUGACCUGGGUUCUGGAAAAGGCUACCUAAGCUCUUUUUUGUCCUUGAAAUAUGGCUUAAAAGUUUAUGGAAUUGAUUCAUCAAAUACCAAUACUCAUGGAGCUGAGGAGAGAAACAGGAAAUUGAAGAAACAUUGGAAAGUCUACCAUACUCGGUCAAAAUUAGAUGUCAAUGGACUGGCAUUAAAAAUGGCAAAAGAAAGGAAAGUGCAGAAUGAAAUUAAGUAUAAAGUAGAUUUUGACGGAAUGUGUAACAACAGUCCUGCAAAUCAAGAAAAGAUGUCUGCCUCAGGUUUUUUGCCAGAUUUUUCGGAUUCUCUAAUUUCUAACAUUAGAACACAAAUGGAAAACCUACAUGUGUAUUCACAUCGAGAAGAAAACUUGUGUUUUGAAAAUGCCUUUGCUCUUAUAGACCUUUUGCCUAUUAAUGCCAUAGAACCUGCUUCAUUCCAAACACCUAAGAGAAAAAUGUCUGAAGCAAAUAAAGAGAGAAGAAAACUGACAUCAAAGUCAAAUGAAUCAAAUAUAUAUUCACCUUUAACAUCUUUUAUCACUGCUGAUUCAGAACUACAUGAUAUUAUUAAAGAUCUGGAGGAUUGUUUGAUGGUAGGUCUACAUACUUGUGGUGAUCUUGCUCCAAAUACUCUGCGAAUAUUUACUUCCAAGUCUGAAAUCAAGGGAGUUUGCAGUGUGGGUUGUUGCUACCACCUCUUAUCUGAAGAGUUUGAAAAACCACAAAAAGAAAGUACCCAAGAAAAGUGGGGAUUUCCAAUGUGCCAGUACUUAAAGGAAGAGAGAUGGUGCUGUGGUCGUAAUGCCAGAAUGUCAGCAUGUUUGGCAUUGGAAAGAGUUGCAGUUGGCCAAGGGCUGCCUACUGAAUCACUCUUCUAUCGAGCCGUCCUUCAGGAUAUUAUUAAAGAAUGUUAUGGCAUCACCAAAUGUGAUCGGCACGUGGGUAAAAUUUAUUCAAAAUCCUCUUCCUUUCUGGACUAUGUCAGAAAGUCUCUAAAGAAGCUUGGAUUAGAUGAGUCCAAGCUGCCAGAAAAAGUUAUAAUGGACUACUACGAGAAGUAUAAGCCUAGAAUGAAUGAGCUGGAAGCUUUUAAUAUGUUGAAAGUUGUUCUGGCUCCUUGUAUAGAGACAUUGAUUCUUCUAGAUCGACUUUGCUACCUGAAAGAACAGGAAGAUAUUGCAUGGGCUACACUUGUGAAGUUGUUUGAUCCUGUGAAAUCUCCCAGAUGUUACGCUAUUAUUGCCCUGAAGAAGCAGCAAUGAUUUCAUUUGAAGCAAGUUUCUUCUUGAGAAAAGCAAGAUAAUGGUGGAUGCAUAACCCUGUAGACCUCAAGCAAUUGAUGAUUUCUUGGUUUUCCUGCCUCUAAAUGGCAGUGAACACGUUCAGAACAUGCUGUGGAGAAAAGGGAGGAAAUGAAUACACUGAUCCUCCAUGGGAAAAAACUAGCCCUUCCUCUGAGAGAAAAGAAUAAUGCCAGGUGUCCUCAUAUGUGUCAAUUCCUGUGGGAAGCAUUUGCUGAUAUUCUGCCCCAUACCUCCACCACCACCCAAGUGAAGGGUAAGAACAUCAUCUUGGUCACUCCCAUGUAUGCUUAUUAGGGCACAUAGACUGUAAAUUGCAUGCCUACUUCCUUAUCUGCCUAGUGGAACCUAAGUUCCUCAAAGGCAAGAACCAUGUGAUACACCUUUGAAUCUCCAGAUUCUGACCUGUAGCAUUGUCUAAUCUCACAUGUUUAAUGAAGGUUUAUUGAAACUUUCUUAAUAAGAUGAAAUAAUAUACAAUAUAUUAUGAUUAUGUAUAGUAUAAGAUGAAAUAAUGCAGAGCUGGUAAUAGUGCAAUAUUCUAAACUGAAGUAGUAAAGACGCUUUUAUUGCAAGACAGCCUAAGUAGUAGGUCUGUGAAAUGGGAAUACAGAGGGCAAAUCUAAACCAUUUCUGUGCCAUGGACCCCUUUGGCCAUCUGGAAAUGUCUUUGGGCCUCUUCUCAAACAUUUUCUUUUAAAUACAAAGUGAAAUACAUAAUAUGACAAAGGAAACCAAUCAUAUUGAGAUCGUUACUAAAAAAUUUUUUUAAAGUUAUAAUUUAGUAGUAUGUGUGUGUUUAUUAACUCAUUGAAUAAAAAGAUCAUGUAGCAGUUCUAAAACUCUAAUUUUUAAGUGACAAUAAAUGUCAACAAUAUUUGAAGAUUCCGGCCAUAACUGUAAUGUGACACAGAAAUAUCUGUACCUUCUAUUGGCAAAAGUUGCGAGUACUGCCAGUACUGCUGUUUGUUGUCCACCUUUAGAACUGAAGGAAACCCUAAAUUACUAUUAGCAAUUAGUGAGAAUAAAGAAGAACAUUUUCUCCAAGCUCCAAGAUCACGGAUGCCCUGAAUUCUAUCUGUGGAUCCUCUGGGCUCAGUCAACCCCCUGUCUGUGAAACACAGGGAAACAGAACACCUAAAGUAACUACCAAGAAUAGCAAUUCUUUCAUCUUUGGAGGAAUGGUAUCUUCUUAAAUCAGUGAGGUCUCCACUUACACUCUAUAGUGAACAACUGUUUCAGAGGUACUUAGGUUUCUGAAGGAUAACAAUAUCCACUUUAUAUAUAUAAAAUAUAACAGUCUACAAUACUUACUAGAAAACUUCAGUAAUAACAGCAGGGUGGUAUUUGUUUAAAGAUAAUUAUAUAGAUGAAUGGCACAGACUAGUGAGCUCAGAAAUCAGCCCACACCUGUUCAGUCAGUUGGCUUUUGACAAAGCUGCCAAAGCAAUUCAGUGGGUUUAAAUACUUUUUUCAACAAGUUUUGCAAACAACUGCAUAUCAAAAUGAAAAACCAAAAAAGCUUAACUUUUACCACAUAUCACAUACAGGUUACUUGAAAUGGAUCUUUGACCUGAAUGUAAAAAACUGCUAGAAGACAACAUAGGAAAAAAUAUUUGUGACCUUUGGUUAAGGAAAGAUUUCUUAGGCACCAAAAACAUGAAACAUAAGUGAAGAUUUCACAGAUUGGACUUCAUCAAAUUUAAAAUGUCUGCCCUUCAAAAGAAAAUGAAAUGCCCUGUUAAGAAAAUGAAAAGACAGUCCACAGAUUGGUAAAAGAAAAAAAAAAUUAGCAAAGCUCCUACCUGAUAAAGAGCUUGUAUGUAGAAUACAAAAAUAGACAAAAAAAAAAAA